UUAUCUGAAGUCGCAGCAGCAACAGCAGCAAGGAUUGUGCAAUCUUCGUCUCGGAAUUGUGAUGAGCGGAAGCUGUGAAUCGAUAUAACAUGUUGCCCGUUCUUGGCUGGUGGCAGUGUGUCGUUGGUGGUCUGGCAGCUGAUAACACCCGGACGCCGACACUUUGAGGUUAGAUCUCUCUGUUGGUUUGGCUGGUCUGGAAGAAGGCAGCAGACGGAGCGAGUUCCCAGGUCAGGUAUCGGUUUUUGCUGGUGGUCUUCGGUCUUUUAUUUUGCUACAACAACGAGGAAAGGAAAGACCUUACGGACAUGACUCUGAAAUCGAUCAAGUACGAGAAGGGCAACCUGGAGAUCCUCGACCAGCUGCUGCUGCCCGCCCAGAGCAAGUUCAUCCAGGUCAAAGGAGUCGAGGACGGCUGGAAAGUCAUCAACAAGAUGCAGGUGAGAGGAGCACCAGCAAUUGCGAUCGUGGGUUGUCUGAGUCUGGCCGUUGAGCUUAGCACUGAAGUGUUCGACGAUAAGAAGGUGUUGCGUCAGGAGAUCGAAGGCAAGCUGAAUUAUCUGGUUUCGUCCAGACCGACAGCCGUGAACAUGAAAAUCGCCGCCGACGAGCUGAUCGCCUUGUCCAAUAAGUUGUACAAGGAUGAGACAGUUACAGCUGAAGUGAUGAAAGUAAAGUUUAUUGAUGAGAUUGAAUCGAUGCUGGAAAAGGAUAUCGCCGAUAACAAGGCGAUCGGUGAGUACGGAGCGUCCGAUAUUUUGAAAUCUCUACCAUCCGACAGCAUGGUAAGGAUAUUGACGCACUGCAAUACCGGAUCUUUGGCUACCGCUGGUUAUGGGACUGCUCUCGGUGUAAUUAGAACGUUGCACUCUUUAAAGAGAUUAGAACAUGUCUACUGUACGGAAACGCGGCCUUAUAAUCAGGGCGCUCGGUUAACCGCUUACGAGCUAGUUCACGAUAAGAUACCGGCCACAUUGAUUGUUGACAGCAUGGUUGCUGCUUUGAUGAAGCAGAGGAACAUCACCGCAGUUGUCGUCGGCGCCGAUAGGGUCGCUUCCAACGGGGACACCGCCAACAAAAUCGGGACUUAUCAGAUUGCCGUUCUGGCCAAACACCACGGCGUUCCGUUCUACGUGGCCGCUCCGUUCACGUCCAUCGACAAGAAGAUUAUCAGCGGCGAUCACAUCAUCAUCGAGGAGAGGCCUGAUAGAGAGAUGACACAUGUUGGGGACCACAGGAUUGCCGCUCAAGGUAUUUCAUGCUGGAAUCCCGCCUUCGACAUAACGCCUGCGGCCCUCAUCGCCGGCAUCAUCACCGAGAAGGGCGUCUUCCGUCCCAGCGAGUUGGCCAAUUGCCAGUAGUUCGAACGCUUUUUUUUUAUAUAUUUUUGAUAACGAUAAUUUUAUACAUUUGAAGUUUGAACCUUCCACACAUAUACACAUACAUACAUACACAGAGAGACACAUCUUCGUAACUUCCAUAAGUGCAACUACCGUGGGAAAUCUUUACUUAUACUCGGCUUUACUCGAGACGCGAAUCUCCUAUACCGGAAUUGCUAAGUAAAUUAAUCUACGCAAAGAAAAGUAAAAAGAAAGAAAAUUGAACGAGAUUUUCGGAUUGGAGUCUUGUUACGCUACAAGAAAGAAAGAAAAAAAUAAAAUAAAAUAAUGGGAAAUAGAUUUGAGCUCAAGACUAUUUCGAGACUAUUUUUGAUACAUGUUUUAUGUUAGCGAGAACUGAUGUUUAAAUUCCUACUUUACUAUAUUACUACAACUACUACUACUAUUAUUAUUAUCGUGCUGCAGCGUAUUCCGCACAAUUGUUAUUA